CUUAAUUGGAUCCUAAUUUGGAUUCCGGCCAGCCACCACGGCGCCAGCUUUUUAUUAUUAAUUAAUUACUCCGCGCUUUCCUAUUCUCCAACAGACAGACAGUAUAUCUCCGAGAAAGCCUGUGGCGGGUGCGACUCCCUUUCUCUCUCUGCAGCGGUGCUUCGCUAAGGUUCUCUCUGUGGCGUUUUAGGGUUAGGGUUCUUAUUCCGCUCCCUCCCGCGCUCCUCUACCUCAAUCCUCCGCCGCAAAAAAUCCCCCUCUUCCUCCUAAUUUCACGAUGAUGCCACAGCAGGGAGCCGGCGGAAUCCCCCCUCAGCAAGCGAUGCCACCGCAGCAGUACCAGCAGCAGCCGCCGUACAUGAUGAUGAUGCCUCAGGCGCCGCCAUCGCAGCCUCCGCAGGCAGCUAUGUGGAACGGCCAGCAGGCUCAGCUGCCUCAGCAGCAACAGGUCCCGCAGGGCGGCGGCGGUAGUGACGAGGUUCGAACUUUGUGGAUCGGCGACUUGCAGUACUGGAUGGACGAGAACUAUCUGCACUCCUGCUUCUCUCACACUGGCGAGGUUGCUUCAGUGAAAGUGAUACGCAAUAAGCAGACCAAUCAGGCGGAAGGGUACGGGUUUAUGGAGCUCAACAGCCAUGCUGCCGCAGAGAGGAUACUGCAGACCUUCAACGGCACACCUAUGCCGAACGGUGAGCAGAACUUCAGGCUGAAUUGGGCAUCGUAUGGUACUGGCGAGAAGCGUGACGAUGGUCCAGAGUACACCAUAUUUGUCGGGGACUUGGCAGCCGAUGUUACUGAUUACAUGCUCCAGGAAACUUUCAGCGUCCGCUAUCCGUCUGUGAAGGGUGCUAAAGUUGUGAUUGACCGAACAACUAUGCGGACUAAGGGUUACGGAUUUGUUCGGUUUACUGAUGAAGGUGAACAAAUGCGUGCAAUGACUGAGAUGAAUGGAGUGUUCUGCUCCACAAGGCCUAUGCGGGUUGGGGUAGCAUCUAACAAGAAGACCAUGGCUCCACGAGCUUCAUUUCAGAAUUCCACCCAAAGGGAUAGCGAGAAUGACCCGAAUAAUACAACUAUUUUUGUUGGCAAUUUGGACUCCAAUGUCACGGAUGACCAUUUGAGAGAACUGUUCGGCCAAUAUGGCCAAUUGGUGCAUGUAAAGAUACCAGCGGGCAAAAGAUGUGGAUUUGUUCAGUAUGCCAAUAGGAGUUGUGCAGAGGAAGCCUUAAAUAGGUUAAACGGGGCUGAACUGAGUGGACAAAGUAUUCGACUUUCAUGGGGCCGUAAUUCUUCCAACAAACAGCAGUCUGAGGCCAGCAAUCAGUGGAAUGGUGGUGGUGCUGCCGACCAAGCUGCUGGAUAUUACGGCUAUGCACAGGGGUAUGAGAACUACGGUUACGCGCAACCUCCACCUCCCCAGGACCCAAGCAUGUACUAUGGAGGAGGAUACCCAGGCUAUGCCAAUUACCAACAGCAGCCACCCCAGCAGCAGCAAGUGGGUUAUAGCCAUAGGACCUGAAAGGUCUUGGCCAUUUUUGCGACUUGCGAUGUAGUGAAAGCCUAUGUGAACUAAUGCGACUCUGGGGCAGUGACUCUAUAUGCCCUACCAGCAGCUCUUUGUGAGGGAGGAACCAAAUUUCUGGGGCCUUUGUGAUAAAAACUUAUUUGCUGAUAUCUUUAUGAAACUAGCACUCAGUUAUGUUUGAUCUAUAUAUAUCAGUUUGUUUUCUAUGUGUUCUAAUGUAUGGGAUGGAAUGCUCUUUCUUGUCUGCUUGUUUGAUCGAUGCGGAGAUCUUCGUAGUACGCCAAACGCCAGAUGGAUCUUCUUAGGGUUCUUGUUCCGGUUGACAAAUCAUCUGUAUCCUUUGAUUUCAACCACUACCACACUUAGGAAAUAGGGCAAAGCGAAGAGACUGACCGUUUGACGAGAAAAUUGAGAUUAGGAUGGAAAUGUAAAACUCUACUCGCAUAUAUGAAAACCUUGGUUAAGAAGGCUAAGAAACAUCUGACAAUUUU